AUAGUCUCUAAACCUACGACUUACCCACAAAGAAAAAAAAAAAUUCUAUUAUUAGAAUUUAGAAGAUUAAAUUUUAAGUUAUUAAUAUUUCGACAUUACACAUCCCUCUUUCCUGACCCAAAACCCGCUUUUUAAUAUAAUAGGGGCGAUUACGGCGAACCAUAACCACCCCAACAAACAAAAAUUAUCCAGUUGAGACACUCAUUAAGAGCGUUCAAAGCAACAGUUACCAACGCUGUGCAAUGUCAGCGACCAUCACUUACACGUCCGCCUUCAUGUUCACGGUCGUGUCCUGGCAGGUAAGUAUGAUUUGCAAAAGUGCGAUUAUCGUAAAUUUUCGAAAUGACUUUUCAAUGAUCAUCAUGAUCAUCAGUAACAUCACCAUAAAAAUUUACACGUUCAAUUUUUUUAUGAGGGUG